AUGGGCCCCUGUACCGCCUCCUCAUGCUGCUGCCAGGCCCGUAAUCUGCCAUGGGCCCCCGUACCGCCUCCUCAUGCUGCUGCCAGGCCCGUAAUCUGCCAUGGGCCCCUGUACCGAUUCCUAAUGCUGCUGCCAGGUCCAGAGUGUGUCAUGGGUCCCUGUACGGCCUCCCAUUGCUGCUGUCUCCAUCGCCACACUCUGCCAUGUGCCACUUUCAGGUCUCCUCACACUGCUGGUGGGUUCCAUUUUUGUCAUAGGGUGCUGUAUGGCCUCCCAUUGCUGCUGCCUCCACCGCCACACUGUGGAUCCACACUCUGGUUUUGGCCCCGUGACUGCCCAAAUGAGUGAAUUGUGCGGUGAUUCUAAGAUCGACGGCACUCAUCUGCAUGUCAUACUGACUGACAGUAUUAUUUCUCUUCCCCAGCAGACUCCAAGGGCAUUUAAAUUAAAGGUACAGUGUUCUGCACUAAUAUGA